AAUAAGGCUGCGUUUGGUGCCAAGAUUCAAACUCUUGCCAAGCGUGCAUCGCUACCUUAAAGCUUGUACUCCACUCUCCCGUCCCCUGUUCUCUGACCCACCGGCCCCGGUCCCCUAGUUCGAGAGCCCCUCGUUCUUAGACGUUACUUUAUGACGAUCUCAUCAACUUCGCCAUCAUUCACAUAUAUCUUUUAGCCAUUAUCCUCGACAAGAUGGCCUCUCGAGCGUUCGACGAAGAAGAACUCUCCAUGUCCUUAUCUCCCUCCCUCAUUCGACCGAAAAACAAUGGAGCUCGAGUACCUGAGAUUAACGUCACACACCCAACUGCCGACGGCUCCAACGGCAGGUCGAGAGCUGGCAGCACGCUUUCCGAGCAAGCAUCGCAGAACCGAGAGAAGACCAAAACCGACCAACGAAUUGGCGCGUACAACAUAAUCAGAACAUUGGGCGAAGGUUCUUUCGGGAAGGUCAAAUUGGCGGUUCAUCGGUCGACCGGCCAAAAGGUCGCUCUGAAGAUUAUCGCUCGAAAGAAGCUGAUCAGUAGAGAUAUGGUCGGUCGCGUCGAACGCGAGAUAGAAUAUCUACAACUUCUUCGGCAUCCUCAUAUCAUCAAGCUAUAUACCGUUAUCAAGACUCCCGUUGAGAUUAUAAUGGUCUUGGAAUAUGCCGGCGGCGAGCUAUUCGACUAUAUAGUUAAGCAUGGACGACUGCCCGAAGAUCAAGCUCGAAAGUUCUUCCAGCAAAUGAUAUGCGCCGUCGAGUACUGCCACAGACACAAAGUAGUACAUAGAGACCUGAAGCCCGAAAAUUUACUUCUCGAUGAUAACCUCAACGUGAAGAUUGCCGAUUUCGGACUAAGCAACAUUAUGACGGAUGGAAAUUUCCUCAAGACAAGCUGUGGUAGUCCCAAUUAUGCAGCCCCAGAAGUUAUUAGCGGGAAGCUGUAUGCCGGACCAGAAGUCGACGUAUGGAGCUGUGGUGUCAUCUUAUAUGUCUUGCUAGUCGGCAGACUUCCCUUCGACGAUGACCACAUCCCAAGUUUGUUCUCAAAAAUUCAGCGUGGCGUCUUUACAGUUCCUCACUGGGUACCAGCCGAUGCGGCGAGCCUCAUCCGAAGAAUGUUGCAGACUAAUCCUGUGCAACGUAUUAUUAUCGAUGACAUUAGACAAGAUCCUUGGUUUUUGAAGGACCUUCCCGCAUAUCUUGCUCCGCCCGUCGAGGAAUUUUUCAACACUGGCGUUGACCCUAACAGGGCAAUCAGACCAAGUGAUAUUGCGCCCUACGCUCCCCCUAAAGUGCAGGAGAAACUUCACGAGGAGGUGACGGAGAAGAUCAGUAAAACGAUGGGCUAUGGAAAACGGGAUGUUCAAGAAGCCCUUGAAGCCGAUGAGCCUUCUGCCAUUAAGGAUGCGUACAUGAUCGUCCGUGAGAACAAGCUCAUGCAAGUAAAUCCUGCUUACGGAAUGGGUGCCGAUAACCCCUACUUUGCAACUUCUCCUCCCACUACUGAUGCCGAGGAGCAAAUGCGUAGUGUCUCGGUGGCCAUGGGCAAUUCCGCUUUGGACAGUCAGCGGGAUUCUCAAUCGGAAUAUCCAAACGAGUCGCAGGCCAGCCCUCUAGCCGACUCUGCUCGUUCCACCAGCUCAACGAUUACCAGCUCUUCUCCUCGCGGAUACGUAAGCCAUGUCGGAAUAUUACCGACAAGCCUCCCUUCGCUGCACAAGAAGUACCUCGAGCGUCAAAAUGCUGGAAUUGAUGAGCCUUUGGAUGUUCAACCGGUUCCCGAUGUUCCUCUUCAGCCCAGAACGCCUGCUGAGCAACAAGAAGCAGCCCGCCGCCUUAAGCCUCACUCGAAGAGUGCUAUGAGACUCGACGAUACAGCUCACCCGCAAACAAUGACUCCAGUCGCGCCUAAAAGGCCCAAGCAAGUCCGAUGGCAGUUUGGCAUAAGAUCUCGAAACGCUCCUUUUGAAGCCUUGCUAUGUAUCUACAAAUCUCUAUCGAAGCUUGGUGCCACUUGGGUUGUAGACGAGGACUAUGAGAAGGUGCACAGUUCAGAAUCGGACCCUUAUGCCACCCCGACGCCAAACGAAGGAAAGGAGUAUAACCCGUAUGAAAAUUUGUCCCCUGACGCUAUUGACUUGGAGACGUUUGACCCCAUCAAAUACUACAAGCUCCCUGCCGAUCCUUGGCACAUAGUCUGCCGAUGGAAAAAGGAUGACAUUCGGAAGACAUCAGUUGCUUCCGGCCACGCAACUUCUGACUCGGUCUCUGAUGACAACACUUAUAUCUAUUCCGUUAUGGACAAACGUAAGCAAGACUUCGUUUGGAUGCGAAUGGAAAUCCAAAUUUAUGAGAUGGACCCAAAAGACAAAGUCUAUCUCGUAGACUUCAAAUGCACAGGCUAUGAACGUCUUGACGGAACUUUACUAGAGGAGAAGGCUGUUAUGAGCCCCUUCCCCUUUCUCGAUAUGGCAGCCAAGUUGAUCAUGCAGUUGGCGGAGGCUGAUUAGAGCUACCCUCCCAAAGAAAUGUUUGAUCCCUUAGUUGAGUUUGCCGAUUUACAACCUCCGUCACCACAUGUGCAGGGUUUGAUUAUCUUCGAUGAUACUUCCUAAAAAAGUCCGCCGAUUUCGCACGAUAUUGAUGAAGUGCUUGGUCAUAGGAUGCGACAAAGGGUCUAAGCUAAUUUGGACACCAAGUUUUCUUUA